AUGCUGCACGCACAGCAGCAACAACGCAUCUCAAGUGCAGCAAUGCAGCCUUUUCUGCAUCAUAACCCAGUGAGCUUCUUCCUCCUGCUUGUAAGCGCCGCAUGCAGCAGCAGCUGCAGCAGCUGCGGAGUCCCAGAUGGUUCCGUUGAGCGUCUUGCGGCUGCAUCCGUUGCCCGAGGCAGCAACAGCAUCAAGAGCAGCAACAGCAGCAACAGCACCAGCAGCACCACCAGUGAGGCAGCCUUUGGGGAUUCUGCUCCAUGGAAGGCUCUGCAGCACUCGGCACCUCCAGCGGCUGAGACUGACGGAGGUGUACAGACAGCAGAAGAUAUCAACAGCGUACGAGAUCAUUACCAAGAGAAGAAGGAAGAAAGGGUUAUAGACAGGGGCUCUCUUAUAGACGGCAAAUAUCUGCUGCUUGAGUUGCUACACCCCCCCCUGUGGGCCCUUGAGGCCGCUGACGAAUAUAAAGAAAGACCCUCAGGGCUUCUGCAGAUAUACCCAGGGGCUGCUGCUAUCGAUGCUGCUGCUCCUGUUGCUGCUGCUGAUGCUGAUUCUACUGCUGCUGCCAGCAGCAGCUGCUACGAGGAGAGCGGCAGCUACCAGUCACAGACCGCUGUCCCGCCAGCAGCAGAUGCUUCGCGUUUGCUGCCUGGAUGGGGGCUUCACCAGCGGCUGCUGCUGCCUGGUUCAGCAACAGCAGCAGCAGCUACACCAACAGGAGCAGCACUUGCUGCAGCUGUGGUGUCUGUACGCUCCGACGUCGUUCUGUCGAGGCAGCUGCGCUCGGGGGCAGAAGGCUUCUGCGUGGAUCCCUUGAUAAUCCUGAGGGCCUUCCCUUUCUGGCUGGGCCGCCCCUCACUGCCGCCCCCACUUAGCAGCAGCAGCAGUAGCAGCAGCAACGGGUCCCGUUAUCGCCUCUUCGGACGAUUAGGUGGUGGCGCCUAUGGAGAGGUGUGGCGUGCGGUGUCUCUCGACAGCGAAGCUCCAUUUGAAGACGCGGUCUUGAAACGCAUGCGCUGCGACGCCUUUUCAGCACAGCGAAGUGGAGAACAUCAGCAGGAGCAGCAGCAGCAGCUGCUGCUGCUGCAGGAGGAGGCAGCGAGGGUUCGGCGAGGUUUCGCCCGUCUGCUGCUGCGAGGGGCCCCUCACGUGUCGCGGUUUGUUGAAGUUCUUCCAGCAGUCUCCUCCGCUUCUUCAGGCGUUGGCUCUGCUGCUGCUUUGUUACCAUUAGACGGGGCAGCAGCAUCAGGAGCAGCAGGAGGGAGCGCAGCAGCAACAGCAAGCGCAGCAGCAGCUGCUGCUGCUGCUGAGGCUGAAGUAGCAGCAGCUGCAGCAGCAGCUGCAGCUUUCUUGCCGGAGAUGAAGCUAGAAGACCUCAAGACAGCAGCUGAAAGCGCAAGAGAGAGCUGCUGCAGCCGCUGGCUUGUGUUUGCAAAUGAAGGAAUCUCUCUCACCCCUCUCUUCUUUGCUGCAGAUACUGCUGGCAGCGGCAUGCUGACACCAAACGCAUUGUGGUGGUACUUGAAGGCGUCUGCACGUCAUCACCCGCCGCCUCGCCGUGUGCGGCAGUUUGCUGCUGCUGCUGCAGCAGCAGCAGCAGCAGGAACCGAUGCGCCGUUCCUGCCUCUUCUGCUGCAGCUGCAGCAGAACCCAAGCGAAUUGCUGCUGUUUAUUCGUUCCGUGCUGCAGCAGCUGCUGCAGGCGCUGAAAGCGGCGCAUGCUCUCAACAUUACGCACAGAGACGUGAAGCUUGAGAAUGUGCUUGUGCAAGCUUCUCUUCCGGUGUCAGUGCGGCUUGUCGACUGGGGUAGUGCUGCCAGCAACAAUGAGGAUUCUCCUGUAGCUGCUGCGCUAAAGGAGCUGUGGGGGGAGGAAAUCUUGUCUGUGCUUGAGGAGUCUGAGGGCUAUCAGCCCCCGGAGGUUUGGGCUGAGGCUGCAGCGCAGGCGGAGCUGGAGGCAAAGCAGCAGCAGCAGCAGCAACAACAACAACAGCAGGGGCAGCAAUGCUCUGAAGACUGCGCUGACAGCAAGCGCAGCGGGAGCGGUGACAGCAGCGGCAGCAGCAGCAGCAAGGGUUCUUUGCAUCGGCCUCCUUCUUACGACAUGUGGGGUGUGGGGUUAAUAUUUUUGAAGUUGGCGAUUGGAAGUCCGUCGCCUCUCGAACCGCUAGACGGCAGGCGGACAGCCAGACUGUAUCGUUCGUAUCACGGGCAGCCUGCUGCUGUGCGGCAGCAGCAUCUACUGCUGCUGGCGCUGAAGGAUUUGUGUUUGCUGCCUUGGCCCUCAGACAGAGUGCCUGCUGCUGCAGUUCCCACUGCUGUUGCUGCUGCUGCUGCUGCUUCUGCUGCACCCAAUUCUUUAUUCUCGUCUUUUCGGUCUGCUAUCGUUGCUGCUGCUGAGCGAUUCUACGUCAGCUGGUUCGCCCCUAACAGAGACAGGCAGCAGCAGCAGCAGCAACAGCAGCAGCAGCAGCAGCACAAAGAGCUCCUCGCAGCAAACGCAACGGGGGUGGAGCUGGAGAGAAAGACUCUUCAUGACGAGUCCGCUGCUGGCAGCAAUAAAUUCUUCAUGCUGCUGUCGCGGCUGCUGGGUACCGGGGGUGGCGGUGAGGUGGUUGUGCGACCACAGCAGCACGCGCUGCAGCAGCAACAGCAGCAGCAGCAGCUGCUGCUGCUGCAGCGAGGCCUCUUGGAGGCCUUUGAGGAGGAGCCUGAAAAGGAGUUCAACAAUAUGUGGGGGACGCAGCCAGCAAGACAAAACCACCAGGAAUGCGACGACUCUGUUGAGCGUCUAUCGGCAGAAGCGGCGCUGCGGCAUCCCUGGUUUUCGGUUUCUGCUGCUGCAGCGGGGGCUGUAGACGAGCCUAUACACCCCAAACCCUAA